AUGGACGUGCUCCGGAAGAUCGGGGGCUGGUUUGCCCCCCCGCCAAACAAGGCGGAAGACGGCCGCGACGCCUGGCCGUCCAGGGCCUCCUUUCUCCUGGCCUCGAUGGGUGGCUGCGCCGGAAUGGGCAACCUGCUGCGGUACCCUUCCCAAGUGUACAACAACCACGGUCUGCAGUGGUACAUCCCGUACCUCAUGGCUGUCUUCAUCGUCGCCAUCCCGGUCCUGGUGCUCGAAAUUGCCAUCGGGCAGGCCUACCGCGGCGGUAGCGUCGUCGCGUACAACAACCUCAACCAGAGGCUCAAGGGCACCGGCCUGUCUUUGCUCUAUGUCGGCUUCGUCGUCACGCCCUACUUUGUCGUCAAUCUGGCGUGGAUCAUGAGCUACUUCCGCCACUCCUUCACCAGCCCGCUGCCGUGGACGGGGCGCGGCGAGGAGUUCUUCAACCGGGACGUCGUCGCCAACAUUGAUCCUAUCGAAGGCAGCCUCUCGGCCGAUGGCUCCAGCGUCCUGAACUACACCCAGUACCCCGGCACUGCCCUCAUCGGCGAGACAACCGGAUGGGCUGCCUUCACCUUCUUCCUCAUGUGGGUUUCCAUCUUCCGCGGCGUCGGCUUAACCGGCCGUGUCGUGUACUUCACCAUGGGGCUUCCCAUUGUUGUGACGAUCAUCCUCAUCGGUCGAUCCGUGUCUCUCGAGAACGCCGGUGAAGGAGUCAAGCUGUACUUCGCCACGUGGAGAGGGAGUGAGCUGUCAAAGGGAACGGUCUGGCAGACAGCUUGCGGUCAGGUGUUCUUCAGUACCGGAGUUGGCUUCGGCUACUUCACGUCUUACGCAUCGUAUAACCGGCAGUAUUCGAACGCGGUCAUGGAUUCCAUUUUGAUCGUCUGCAGCAACGUCCUGUUUGAGAACAUCGCAGCCUUUGCCGUCUUUGGUGUCGUCGGAUACCUGGGAAUGCGUCCGGAUCCCGAGAACCCCAUCGGAGGCUUCACCGUCGGCUUCCUCACCCUUCCGUUGGCCGUCGCCGAGAUGCCCGGUGCUAACUUCUGGGCCGUCGCCCUCUUCUUCACGCUCAUGGUCCUCGGCUACAGUUCGGCCUUCGCCAUGCUCGACGCCAUCGUGACCUUGGUCAUGGACACGGGCAUCAAGUUCUCGCGCCCCAUCGUCGUCACGGCCCUGACCGUGCUGUCGUUCCUUCUGGCGCUGCCGUACUGCACCGAGUUUGGGUACUACCUGCUGACCGGCAUCGACCGCUGGGUCAACGAUGUGGCCCUCGUGUUCGUCGUUUUCGCCGAGUGCAUCACCUCCACGAGCGUCUACCGCUGUAAGGACGUCAUCGGCCAGGUUGGAAAGCCGGCAUUCGUCAUUUACAACACCUGCUACAUCUUGGCCAUGGUGCUCGGAGUAGCUGUUGCUCAUGCUGUCCAGGCCGGGGCCGGAGCCGGUGUCGGUCUGGGACUUUUCUUUGCUGGAUGUAUCGCCUCCGUCCUCAUCGCUAAGACCCCUGACGCCAUUCCUCCGAGAUUCUGGGGUAGAAACGCUUUCAUGAGCAAAUUUUGGUAUCUGGCUUUCUACUCUGGGAACCAGCUUCGCCGUGAUCUGAACGUGGUCAUCGGCAGCGGCAAGAACUGGAAUAUCCCGACUUUCUGGCCUGUCCUCCUGCGCUACAUCUCGGGCCCCAUCUUGAGCAUCGUGUACGGGUUCUCGUAUCCGGCCUUCUACCAAGUCCGCUACGAUCCCUUGCAUAUUCUUGGUUUCGCCGUCGGCCACGUCGCUCUCGUCAUGAUCUUCGCCGGCUUCAUGGUUCCUCGCUGGUUCAACGUCUUCAUCCCGGCCCACCGACAGAACGAAGGAAAGAUCCAUUAUGCCCCUCUCGUUACCAUUGGCGCGGACGAGGCCCAGGCUAUUGCGGCCGGAAACAUGGAGCAGGGGCGGACGCAAACGCCUUCGAAUUCGGAUGAAGGAGUGGCCCGCAAGGAAUCGCCGACCAACGACGGCCUGAUAAUGGAGGAUGAGAAGAGGGCCCAUACUUGA